AUGUCUUUAAGUGAAAUUCAACGUGGUCAAUUAACUGGUAGAAUUUAUUCAACAUCAAAAGGAUUCUAUCAUGUAUCGUCGGAUCUAACAAAAACGACUCAUCGUCAAAAAUCAUCCUUAUUUCAAUGGUUUAUAUCCAUUUUCAAAGAGAUAUUCUUGCCUACUGGAUAUCCAAAUACAGUAUCUAAUGAUUAUCUUGCUUAUCAAAUAUGGGAUACAAUUCAAGCAUUUGCUUCAUCGAUUACCAAUGCUUUAGCAUUUAGUGCUAUUUUAGAAGGAAUGGGUGUUGGAGAUGAAAAAGCAUCUGUUCUUUCUGCUACAUUUGUUUGGUUAGUUAAAGAUGGUGUUGGUAUGCUUGGAAGAAUUCUGUUUGCUUGGUUCCAUGGCACUGGUCUUGAUAGUAAUUUAAAAAUGUGGAGAUUCUAUGCUGAUAUUCUUAAUGAUUUAGCUAUAUCUCUUGAUCUCAUAGCACCCUUUUUUAAACAUUUAUUAUUGCCUAUAACAUGUUUAUCGAAUUUAUCUCGUUCGAUUGUUGGUGUAGCCGGUGGAUCAACACGAGCUGCAUUAACACAACAUCAAGCUAUAGCACAUAAUAUGGGUGAUGUAUCAGCUAAAGAUGGUUCUCAAGAAACUCUGGUUAAUCUGUUAGCAUUAAUUGUUAAUAUAUUUUUGUUACAUACAAUAAAACGUGAUCGAAUACUUGUUUGGUUUCUUUAUUUUAAUUUAACAAGUCUCCAUCUAUUUGCUAAUUAUCGAGCUAUUCGUACGCUGCAAUUACGUACAUUUAAUUGGAAUCGAUUUGCAUUAUUGUGUGAAAAUUAUUUCAGUUCGGGACAAAUUCAAACUGUCCAAUACAUUAAUCGAAAGGAACCGAUUCUUAAUGAAGUCCGACAAUCAAUGCGAUGUAAUGUUGGCAUUCAAUUAAAUGAAAUUCAUGCUCAAUCGAUUGAUAUUGAUUCAUUUAUUAAAAAUCAUUUUUCUAUUUUAUUUAACCAAAAUUCAAAAUGUUUCAAUGUUUUCCUUACUGAUAAUUGUGAUGAUGUAGAUUUAAUUAAAUGUUAUUUUCUUCUUCAAUAUCUUAUAUAUUCGAAAAAUUUCGAUAAAUUCUUAGUCAUGUCAACGAAUGCAUCUUGGAUAGAUAUCGAUCGAUUACAAACAACAGUAUUUCAUCUUUAUCAAGAAUUUUUGUCUAAAGCACAAAAAAUAGGUUGGGAUGUUAAACAAGCGAAAUUUUUAAUUAAUAACUACAGAUAUUCAUCGAAAUAA